UUUUGAUGAAAUUCAACGCGAAACAAAGUCGUUUAAUUACGCAAUUAUAAUUUAGCUAACGUUUCUUGAAUCAUUUUUUUUUUGAAAUCGUCAUCUUGAGUUAUUCCCAUGUACCAGAUGUGUUUGGAUAAAGUACAUACAAGAUGGUUUCCAUAAACGAUAUUUGUCUUGCCUACCUAGCCUUAACAUGGGCACCGCUUGUUCUGUUCGAGUGAGAGAUUCGUCAAUUCGUUUAAGAACAGACAAUUCACCAAUAAAACCCGACGUCAGAAGCAAAAGCAAGAACGUUAUAAGAUCAAAUAUCGACACUACGUUAUUGAAUUCCUUCAGCAUAUCGCAAGAAGAAGCGGAUUAUCUUUUGCAAGAAGCAUGUGAGGGAACUUUCGUUUUCUCCCACAACAUGGAAUCCGAAAUGUUUUUAUCAAUGAGCACAGGCAAGUACGUUUGUCACCAUCCGAUUUUGAAAAAAUUGCAAUUCGUAAAGAUCGGUGAAAGAGUUUUUGAUAACGUUGAGAACGCUAUUUCUUUCUAUCGUACCAUUCCCCUUGGAGAUGCAAUCCUUACUGAACAGAAAUGUUUUGAGGUAUGAGAAGUUGACCUAUGGAGCUUCAUUUAACGUACACACAUAAAAGUCCCACAAGAACAUUGAGCCCCGAUGGAAUCAUUAAGAAAUCAAAGGACGUCAAAAACGUGGUGACUACAGGUGUUAAUAAUGGAUCGCUGAGUAUAUAUAAUGAUAGAACAUUAAGCAACGUACCAAACGACACAGUUGAAGAUAAUAACAACGAAGAUUAUACCAAAAAGAAGGUCAUUCCACGAAGAAUGUCUGUUUGUCGAAUUACUGCAUACGAUUCACUUUCAUCCUCAUCCUGUAACAUGUUCAAAGAGCACAAAUUUUCAUCUAUUUCCCCCGAAUAGCUGCAACUAAAUGACAUUGCGUCUUCAGUCUGUGAUCACAUCAAUUCUUAUAAAUCUUUUACCUGGCUUGCUGAGAAGAAGCCUUUUGGUUCGAUUAUUGAUCAUCGCAGUUAUUUUACAAGUUUAUCAAAAAGAAAAGUAGUUUGUAAAACUUGGGAAAGAGCACUGUGCUAAUUUAGUAUAUUAUUUAUAAUCAAUGUAAAUUAUGAAUAACUUGAGGGUUUGUCAAAAAAGAGUGUUGGUUUAAGUAUCAAUUUAAAGUAGCAUACUUAUUGAACAAUUUCAAAUGAUUAUAAUAUAAAACUAUUAGCUGACAAACUUGGUGAAAUUGAGUAAAUAACAUUUACAUUGAAA